UCCAACAACUCUUGAACUUUGUUUAUUCUUAACCACCACAAAAAAAUUAAUUUUGCUCCGUUCCUCGUAGACAAUAUGGAACCUCUUAAUACUUAGAUUAUCCUCUCCCCCUACCCAUUGCCAAGACAGCUUGGAGCGAGGAUAUUGCACCGUGAUGAACACUCUUUUCCUCCUCCUCUUGUUGGUGCUGGCCGUUUCCACGGCGCUCGCGGCCCCAGCCCGUCCCAGAUCGAGCACCGCGGGGCAGUUCCUGCAGCCCCACAAUGUGGCCCGGGCCGCCCUCAGGGAGCCUCCACUGGUGUGGGACUCGAAGCUGGCAAAGUACGCCCAGCGGUGGGCAAACCAGCGGCGGUGGGACUGCACUCUGAAACACUCCAACGGGCCUUACGGGGAGAACAUAUUCUGGGGUAGCGGGAAUGGGUGGAACCCGGCACAGGCAGUGACGACGUGGGUAUCGGAGCGGCGGUGGUACAACUACUGGAGGAACACCUGUUCCAGAGGGCAGAUGUGUGGCCACUACACGCAGAUCGUUUGGAAGGGGACUCGGAGGCUCGGGUGCGCCGUGGUGACCUGCUACGGUGGUAGAGGCACUUUCAUGAUAUGCAACUAUGAUCCUCCGGGGAAUUACAUUGGACAGAGGCCAUACUGAUGAGUUCAAUUAAUAUAAACAUAUCAUCUCCCACGCAAAAUUUUGUAAGUAAUAAUUUUUCAACGUUAUCUUUUUUCUUGCAAGCUAAUGCAAGCAUUCGAGGUUGCCAACAGCUUGCCAAUUGAUUGUUUGUUUUGUUGGUCAUCUGUUUUUUAUUUCCAAUUAUAAGCCAUGAGUCUAAUAAAUGAGAACAGAUAUCCAAAUAAAAA